UCUCUCUUUUUGUAACUUAUAUGAAGUUUUAUCACUAUAUCCUCCUCUCUGUUCCUCUCUCUCUCUCACACCUUUUGCACACCCCAAACACAAACACAUGGCUCAAGAUCAUGAUCUCCACAGCCAAAAUCAGCGGCUGGUGAGGCGCGGUUUUCCUCUGCGCCGAGGCCGGAAACUGCCGGUUGCCCGCCUAGGCGGCCCGAAGCCGAAGCGGGGACUUGUGUUUGUUAAAAUGCUCAAGAGGAUCAGGAUGAGGUGGCUGAAGCUUCAGUACUUGUGCAUGUUGAAGAAGCUCAAGGAGUCUUACAAGAACAUGAUGAAGGACUUAAUGACAGCUGGCGCGAGCUUGGAGACCUUCCACCAGAGGAUUUUCAUGGAGACUUCUUUCGCCAUCCCAAUGGGAGUCUCUCUUUCCAGCUACCCUUCUGUUGCUGGAUCAGAUCGGCCUCGAACCCUUUUCAUGUAGAAGAAGUACUUGUUCUCUUUGUCAAAUCUCAUCAACUUUGAAUCUCUUGAAAAUUAAAAGAGAAAAAAAAAAUGUCACCCUUUUGUUGUUUUGUUUUGUACGUUAUGAAAAAUAUUUUAUUUUA